AUGGCCCGACGUGCUCAGCAGCGGCAUGUCUUCGACGGAGUGAGCUGCUGCCGAGUUCUCCGCCUGGCGAUCACUUUGGCCUGGGGGUUCUGUUCAACUCGAAUUGCUUUUGGCCUGGACACUCCAUCAACGUCGUCACCGCCAGAAGCACCAACCAGGAUCGCUGUGGGGGAAGCCACAGGUGCAAUACAGGGGUGGACGUCGGUUGCACUAACCCCUCAAGGGGAAAGGGAGGAUUCAAAAGGAGGAGCGAAUUCUGGACCCAUUCUCAACGGUGACGUAAACCCAACAUUGGGGCAAGGUGUUGGGCGCCGAAAACUCCAGGCGAGCUAUUACUCCUUCUACAGUGCGCCUACUUCUUCGUGUGGUGGAGCUGCCACGAUAGGUGACGGCGUUUGUGACGCAGUACGAGUCUGA